UCCAGUCAGCAGCAUGUGCCCAGUACACAGAGGAGGAAGAUAUCUGUGUUUUGUUUGUGUAUUGUCAUUAGGAAGCUAUAUCUGCUCAAUAUCUGGCGUCUCAGCUCUGGGCUGCAGAAAUACUGCCUGGCACUGUAUGGCUCUGAAAAGUCCACCUUCAGUGCCACCUCUGUGGUGAGCAGUAUCAGACAGCAAGGAAGGAACUGUGAUAUGGCCUCUCAUGAUGACAAAGGUAUCAAAAAGAAUUUCCUUAUUUGACAUUUUUCAAGAAACUGAGAGAGAACCGGAUGUGAAUCCUUGUAAUGAAUUACCUGAAUCUGAGAAGGGGACCAAUAUUACAGGGGAAGGUGACAAUCCACAGUCAGUAGACGAAGCUGCCAUUAUUAUUUCUUCCGUGUCUGAUGGAGAGAAUCAGGGUAGUGAAAGUUCUGAGAAACUCUGCGGAUUCCUGGGAAGGUCAACGUUCUGUUCCCUGCAGCAUUUCACAAGACUGCUACUGCAUUCCUCCAUCAUACUGACUGUAGCUGCAGCAACGUCACUGUCCAUCUGUCUUAUCUUGCAGUAUUUCUAUCAUCCUGUGGCCCAGCGUGCCUGUCCUGAUUAUUUGGAGAUAUGUGCCCCUUUAACAAACUGCUCCUUCUCCGAUGGUAUCAAUAUCUGCUCUCCGGACAGACAAACAAGCAACCGGACCCAGAACAGUGAAUACAAAAAUCCAGUGCUUCUGCUAACAGGCCGCUCGGUGCUGCAGGUGUAUAGUGUGAGCACAGGUCGGUAUCACACUGUGUGUCACCAGGGCUGGGAGCCUUACCAUGGCUGGACAGUGUGCAGGGAGCUGGGUUUCAACAGUCAUACAGAAUCCUUGCCUGUCCUGCUCAGUGCCACAGAUCCCAGCUGUCUAGAGGCUUUUGCUGUACUGAAUAAAUCAAAUGGAUCACCUAGUACUCUGGAAGCUUUCCUGAGCCCUGUAGAAACCUGCCCUGCCCAGGAAGGAGUAUCACUACAAUGCACAGACUGUGGGCGAGCCACUGUGGAGAGUAACCGUGUAGUAGGAGGAUCUCCAUCUGCUCUGGGUCGCUGGCCAUGGCAGGUCAGCUUGCAAUGGGAUGGACGUCAUGUUUGUGGGGGUUCUGUAAUCUCAUCUCAGUGGGUGAUGAGUGCCGCCCAUUGCUUUGUGCUCUCCAACUUACUAGCAGUCGGAAGGUGGAGAGUCCAUGCUGGGUCUACUACUCUGUACCCGGCAGCCUCACACUCUAUCCGGAGCAUCUAUUACAAUGGCCUCUAUGAUAUUGCGACCAAUGACUAUGAUGUAGCUCUACUCAAAACCACGUUUCCUAUGGCAUUCUCUGAGACCCUGAGGCCUAUCUGUCUGCCCAGAUCACACCAGCAGUUCCAUGUCACAAGCAAUUGCUGGAUUAGUGGAUGGGGUCAUGUGACUGAAGGUGGGCAGUUGUCGCCUGUCCUCAGAGAAGCUAAGGUGCAUCUGAUCAAUAGUCAGCUGUGCAACCACUCUUCAUACUACCAUGGACUAAUAAGCCCUCGCAUGCUGUGUGCCGGGUACCUAGAUGGUAAAUCGGAUUCAUGCCAGGGAGACAGCGGAGGACCCUUGGUCUGUCAGGAGGAGGGUCUGUGGUGGCAGGUUGGCGUUGUGAGCUGGGGAGAGGGCUGUGGCAGGCCCAACCGUCCUGGAGUUUACACAAAUCUCACUGCACUUCUGGACUGGGUGUACCAUCGCCUGCAGAUGGAUAGCGAGAUUCCAUGAUGGAGACAUCCAUUUACAAACAGCUAUUGGAGAAAAUAAAUAAAUACAAAAUAAAAACAAAA